CUCGAUUUCUCGCGGGCAACAUCUCAAUUGCCUGGUCUUUUCAGUCUUUCAUCCUCACCUCCAACCUUACUCUACACGCUCCGACGCGCACGCAUAUUUGGGUUUCGGCACAGGGUUCGCCGCUUUGAGCGAAUUCCCUGAAUUCCUUCAUCCCCCCCAAGUCAAAACCGACCCAUGGAAGACGGUGAAUCCGGAAAUCAGCAAUCAUGUCGAACCCACAACGCGACAUCUCCCAGUACAAGUACUCGGCCAUGUCCAACCUGGUUCUCCAGGCGGACCGGCGUUUCGUCUCUAGGCGAAACGACGAGCCGACGGGCGACCCCGAGUCACUUGCUGGGAGGUUAAGUAUUCGCGACAUGGGCAAUCGUGUCGCCCGUGACGCGGCCCCCAAACAGAAGAAGGCGCCAGGCCUGCCCGAAGUCGAACGCGGCGGAUUGCAAGAGGGCGAAGAUGUGCUUUUGCGCGAGCAACGGAAAAGGAAAGCCGAUGCGGCGCAACUCAGAGGGACUGGCGUCCUGGGAACGACCGACUUUGCCAUCGAGGGCCUCACAUACCGACCACGCACCCCCGCCACCCGGGCCACGUACGAGCUGAUCUUGAAGAUCGUUGCCGACAAUCUUGGCGAUGUACCACAAUCGGCCGUGUUGAGCGCAGCAGACGUCAUCUUGGAGUUCCUCAAAGACGAUGACCUCAAGGACAGCGAGAAGAAGAAGGAGGUGGACGAUAUGCUAGGGGUAUCUCUCAAUCCCAAGCAGUUCAACGAACUUGUCAACCUAGGCAAGAAGAUCACCGACUACGAUGCACAAGACGAGGACGAGAACAUGCAAGAUGGCACGGCAGAAGAGGCGGAUGGCGACAUGGACGACCGGCAAGGUGUGGCUGUCGUGUUCGAAGACGAGGACGACGACGAAAACGCCAUCACCCAUGAAGUCCGGGACGUGUCAUCAGAAGAGGAAGAUAAUGCAGACGAGGGGGAGGAGGAGGAUGAGAAUAAACCGGACUCUGGAGAGGAUGCCGACGAGCCAGGACUGGGCGACGACGCCAUGGUCAUCGACUCAGCCCAGACCAAAAAUGCGAAGGAAGGAAAAGAGACGAGGAUAGUCCCAGCAAGGGACGUCGAUGCCUUCUGGUUACAGAGACAGAUCGGAAAGCUCUAUUCGGAUCACCACGAACAGGUCGACAAAGCGACAGAAGCGCUCCGCAUCCUAUCGGGAGAGCCGGACGAACCGGGGGGCGAGGAGAAGCCGCUUCGGGAGAUCGAGAAUGACCUGAUGGAGCUCUUUGACUACGAACACCACACCUUGGUGCAACUUCUGAUCGAGAACCGGGAAAAGGUGGUCUGGCUCACGCGUCACGCCAAAGCGGAUACGGAUGAAGACCGCGCGGCAAUCGAACGGGAGAUGGCCUCCGAAGGUCUUCAAUGGAUCCUCAACGAAAAGUACGGUCGCAAGUCCGCUGAUCAGAAGUCUCGGAAGAUCGACAUCAAGAUGGAUAUUGAUGUUCCGCCCGAGGUGGCGGGCCAAUCGGCACCCAAGCCUGAACGCCCGGAGGCGGGACAGCUGGUCGGAGGGUUGCAACCGCGGAGGCUUAUCAACCUCGACAACCUGGUUUUCGACCAGGGUAACCAUCUCAUGACCAAUCCCAAGGUUCGGCUACCCGAAGGCUCGACGAAACGGACAUUCAAGGGUUACGAAGAGAUCCAUGUGCCCAUCCCCAAGAAGCCAGCCGACCGGACCCAAGGGCUGAUCCCCAUCACCGACAUGCCGGAGUGGUCUCGGGUUCCGUUUGGCACGACAAAAACCCUAAAUAAGGUCCAGACCAAGUGCUUCCCCACCGCUUUCGAGGACGACGGGAACAUGCUCAUCUGUGCUCCCACGGGCAGUGGGAAGACCAAUGUGGCCAUGCUCACCAUCCUCCGGGAGAUUGGCAAGAACCGCAAUCCGCAGACGGGAGAGAUCGACCUGGAUGCGUUCAAGAUCGUUUACAUCGCCCCGUUGAAGGCCCUCGUCCAGGAACAAGUUGGCAACUUCGGCAAACGUCUUGAGCCGUACGGGAUCAAGGUGUCCGAGUUGACGGGUGACCGACAACUUACCAAGCAGCAGAUCUCGGAGACGCAGAUCAUCGUCACGACUCCUGAGAAGUGGGACGUUAUCACCAGAAAGGCCACUGAUCUCACCUACACCAGCCUUGUGCGGCUCAUCAUUAUUGAUGAGAUCCAUCUGCUCCAUGACGAACGUGGUCCCGUCAUUGAGAGCAUUGUGAGCAGGACGAUUCGAAAGACGGAACAGACCGGCGAGCCAGUUCGCCUUGCUGGUCUGUCAGCGACCUUGCCGAACUACCGAGACGUCGCCAGCUUCCUUCGCGUCGAUACAGCAAAAGGGUUGUUCCACUUUGACAGCUCCUACCGGCCUUGCCCCCUGCGCCAGGAAUUCGUCGGUGUGACGGAUCGCAAGGCGAUCAAGCAGCUCAAGACGAUGAACGACGUUACCUACAACAAAGUGAUAGAGCAUGUUGGGCAGAACCGGAAUCAGAUGCUCAUCUUCGUCCACUCGCGCAAGGAGACGGCGAAGACGGCGCGGUAUAUCCGCGACAAGGCGCUCGAGCUGGACACCAUCAACCAGAUCUUGCGCCAUGACGCCGGCAGCCGCGAAGUUCUCAACGAGGCCGCGAGUCAGGCGACCGACAGGGAGCUCAAGGAUCUCUUGCCCUACGGUUUCGGUAUCCAUCAUGCUGGCAUGAACCGAAUCGACCGGACGGACGUCGAAGACUUGUUUGCCCGAGGCGCCAUUCAGGUUCUUGUCUGCACCGCGACCCUUGCCUGGGGUGUCAACCUACCCGCCCACUCCGUCAUCAUCAAAGGCACGCAGGUGUACUCCCCCGAGAAGGGUAGCUGGGUUGAGCUCAGCCCCCAGGAUGUUCUGCAGAUGUUGGGGCGUGCUGGUCGGCCCCAGUUCGACACGUAUGGCGAGGGCAUCAUCAUCACCACGCAAAGCGAGAUCCAAUACUAUCUGUCCUUGCUGAACCAGCAGCUACCGAUUGAGAGUCAGUUUGUCAGCAAACUGGUGGACAACCUCAACGCCGAGAUUGUCCUGGGUAACGUGCGGUCGAGAGAUGAGGGCGUCGAAUGGCUCGGCUACACGUACCUCUUCGUCCGGAUGCUGCGCUCGCCGGGGCUGUACCAGGUUGGUGCCGAGUACGAGAAUGAUGAGGCGUUGGAACAGAAGAGAGUAGACCUCAUACAUUCCGCGGCUUCCGUCCUCAAGAAAUCCAACCUCGUCAAGUACGACGAGAAGACGGGCAGGCUUCAGGCGACGGAACUCGGGCGUAUCGCCUCCCAUUACUACAUCUCGUACGGUUCUAUGGAUACGUAUAACAACCUCAUCCAGCCCUCCAUCACCACCAUUGAACUUUUCCGAGUCUUCUCUCUCAGCGCCGAAUUCAAAUACAUCCCUGUCCGACAGGACGAGAAGCUCGAGCUGGCGAAACUGCUGGGCCGUGUGCCCGUCCCGGUCAAGGAGAGCAUCGAAGAGCCUCACGCCAAGAUCAACGUCCUUCUCCAAGCGUACAUCUCCCGACUCAAGUUGGAAGGCCUCGCUCUCAUGGCAGACAUGGUAUACGUCACGCAGUCGGCAGGUCGUAUCUUGCGUGCGAUUUUCGAGAUCACGUUGAGGAAAGGCUGGGCCUCGGUAGCGAAGACGGCGCUGGACCUUUGCAAGAUGGCCGAGAAGCGCAUGUGGCCGACCAUGUCGCCGCUGCGCCAGUUCCACACCUGCCCUAGAGAGAUCAUCCAGAAGGCCGAGAGGAUGGAAGUGUCCUGGGACAACUACUUCGACUUGGAUCCGCCGCGGAUGGGCGAACUGCUGGGGAUGCCCAAGGCCGGGAGGACGGUGUGUGCGCUUGUUGCCAAGUUCCCCAGGCUCGACGUGCAGGCCCAGGUACAACCCCUGACCAGGUCGAUGCUCCGCGUUGAGCUCAGCAUCACACCCAACUUUGAAUGGGACGACGACCUCCAUGGUCCCGCCGAGAGCUUCUGGAUCGCGGUGGAAGAUUGCGACGGCGAGGACAUUCUAUACUACGACCAGUUCCUGCUGCGCAAGGAGUACGCAGUCUCCGAGUCCAACGAGCACAUCGUCGACUUUACCGUCCCCAUCACCGACCCGAUGCCGCCGAAUUACUUCAUCUCCGUCAUCUCCGAUCGCUGGAUGCACUCCGAGACGAGGCUUCCCGUGUCGUUCCACAAGCUCAUCCUCCCCGAAAAGUUCCCUCCUCACACCGAACUUCUCGAACUCCAGCCCCUGCCCGUCUCGGCCUUGAAAGUCAAGGAGUACGCGAGAUUGUAUCCAGACUGGGACCACUUCAAUCGCAUCCAGACGCAGACAUUCAAAUCUCUCUACGAAACCGACCAGAACGUGUUCGUCGGCGCACCCACCGGGAGCGGCAAGACGGUUUGCGCCGAAUUUGCGCUGAUGCGCCACUGGUCGAAGCAGAAUAAUACGGCUGCAGACGGCCAGGCUGGACGUGCGGUGUACAUCGCGCCUUACCAAGAAUUGGUUGAUAUCCGCCUGGAAGACUGGCGGAAGAGGCUCGGCCCGCUGCGCGGCGGCAAGACGAUCGAGAAGCUCACGGGCGAGACCGCGACGGACCUGAAGAUCCUGAAGUCGAGCGAUCUGAUCCUCGCGACGCCGAUCCAGUGGGAUGUGCUCUCGCGGCAGUGGAAGCGGCGGGUCGAGGUGCAGACGGUGGAGCUGUUCAUCGCCGACGAAAUUCAUCUGCUGGGCGGCCAGCAGGGGUACAUCUACGAGUCGGUCGUGUCGAGGAUGCACUACAUCAGGAUGCAGACGGAGCGUCCCAUGCGUAUCGUCGCCUUGAGCGUGUCCCUGGCCAACGCGAGGGACCUCGGCGAGUGGAUUGAUGCCAAGAAGCAUGAUAUUUACAACUUCAGCCCUCACGUCCGAGCCGUUCCCCUCGAACUUCACAUCCAGUCGUACACGAACCCGCACUUCCCGUCGUUGAUGCUUUCCAUGGCUAAGCCUACAUACUUGGCCAUCACGCAAAUGUCACCCGACCGACCUGCUCUGGUCUUCGUGCCGAGUCGCAGGCAGACUAGGGCGACGACACGGGACCUCCUAGCCACCUGUUUCGCCGACGACGACGAAGACCGGUUCCUGCACGCCGAUGUCGAGCAGAUGCGGCCGCUCCUCGACCGAAUCAACGAGGAGGCGCUGGCGGAAGCGCUCUCGCACGGUAUCGGGUACUACCACGAGGCCCUGAGCCAGAGCGACAAGCGGAUCGUGAAGCAUCUCUACAACCACGGCGCCAUCCAAGUGCUCGUCGCAUCUCGGGAUGUGUGCUGGGAACUCGAUUGCACGGCUCAUCUGGUGGUGGUGAUGGGCACGCAGCACUUUGACGGGCGCGAGCAUCGCUACGUCGACUACCCGGUGAGCGAGGUGCUGCACAUGUUCGGCAAGGCGCUCCGGCCGGGCAAGGACGGCAGAGGUCGCGGUGUCCUGAUGGUGGCGGCGGUGAAGAGGGAGUACUACAAGAAGUUCCUGAACGAGGCGCUGCCCGUCGAGUCUCACUUGCACAACUACCUGCACGACGCGUUCGUGACGGAGAUCAGCACGCGGCUGAUCGCGAGCGGCGAGGACGCCAUCAACUGGACGACGUUCACGUACUUUUACCGGCGACUGCUGGCGAACCCCAGCUACUACAACCUCACGGACACGACGCAGGACGGCCUCAACGACUACAUGUCGGACCUCAUCCAGACGACACUCACAGAACUGCAAGAGUCCAAGAUCAUCGAGCUCGACGACGACGACGGCACGGUGAUCCCGCAGAACGCGGCGAUGAUCGCGGCGUACUACAACAUCUCGUACAUCACGAUGCAGACGUUCCUGCUGUCGCUGAGCGCCAAGACGAAGCUGAAGGGCAUCCUGGAGAUCGUGACGUCGGCGACCGAGUUCGAGGCGAUCCAGAUCCGGCGGCACGAGGAGGGCAUCCUGCAGCGCAUCUACGACCGGGUGCCGGUCAAGAUGGCGCAGCCGGCGCCCGACUCGCCGCACUUCAAGGCGUUUGUGCUCCUGCAGGCGCACUUCUCGCGGAUGCAGCUGCCGAUCGACCUGGCCAAGGACCAGGAGGUGAUCGUGUCCAAGGUGCUGAGCCUGCUGAGCGCGACGGUGGACGUGUUGUCGUCGGACGGGCACCUCAACGCGAUGAAUGCGAUGGAGAUGUCGCAGAUGGUGGUGCAGGCCAUGUGGGAUCGCGACAGCCCGCUGAAGCAGAUUCCUCACUUUACGCCCGAGGUUGUUAAGGCGGCGAACGAGUUUGGAAUCAAGGACAUUUUCGACUUCAUGGAGGCGAUGAAUCCCGAAGAGAACCCGGACUACGCGGCGCUGAUCAAGAAGCUGGGGCUGGACCAGAAACAGCUCGCGCAGGCGGCCCACUUCACCAACGACAAGUACCCGGACAUCGAGAUGGAGCACGAGGUGCUCGACGAGGACGAGAUCCGGGCGGGCGACCCGUCGCAGAUCAACGUGACGAUCCAGCGGCAGCUGGAGGAGGGCGACGAGUUCGACCCGACGGUGCACGCGCCGUUCUACCCGGCUAAGAAGCUCGAGAGCUGGUGGUUGGUGGUGGCGGAGGAGAGCAGCAGGAGCGUGCUGGGGAUCAAGCGCGUCACGGUGGGGAAGACGUUCCAGGGCAAGGUCGAGUUUAUUGUCCCGACGGCUGGGAAGCACGAUCUGAAGCUCUUCCUGAUGAGCGACAGUUAUGUCGGCGUGGAUCAGGAGAGGGAGUUUUCGGUGGAGGCGGCGGAAGGGAUGGAUGUCGACGAGGACGAGGAGGAGGAAGACGAGGAGUAGGAGGAGGAAGAAGAAGACGAGGAGUAGGAGGAGGAAGAAGAAGACGAGGAGUAGGACGGCAAUGCAAAAGAAGAAGAAGGGGGUUCUUUCCUUUUCUCUCGAAGCCGGGCUGGGGGUCGACUGGCAAUUUUGGUGGCGUGUACAGUAUGGGCGUUAUAUUGGGAAACAAUUUAUAUUUCGCAAAGAAAAGGAUCAUCUUGAGAACGCGCUUUCAUGUUGUGAUUGGGACAUGUUAGGAGGUUUGAGCCCGAGUUGUGCAGACUCUGGGUGGCGAGGGGAAGUUAAGAGGAGGCGGAAGUUAAGAGGAGGGGGGUUAAGAGGCGAGGGAAGAUGUGCCUCCAUACCCUGUCUGAUGGCUUCACAAGAGGACUGAUGGUACUACGAGUGGUACUACGGUACUGAGUACGGAUACGAAACCAUAUGAAC